CCCGCCAGGCCAACUUAAAACCCUCAUCCCCAGCCCUCACUCUCUCUCUUUUCUUCUUCUUAUUGUUCCAUACCAUACUAACAACAACACAUUGCAUCAUUUGCUUGCGUUGAAUGGAGCUUCAACUGGGUCUCGCUCUCUCAACCCAUUCUCGUGCCUACGACCAGCCUUUCAGCCACAAAAAACGUACCUUCUCCCAACUCAUGAUGAUGGAACAUGCACCACCACCACACCAUGUUAUGCUUCCUACUCUGUCUCUCCUCCCUUUAACUCCAAGCCACCAUGUUGUUGAUGAUCACCAUAGCCAAUGCUCUAACAUCACCAAGGAUGAGGAGGAGGAGGGUGUAGUGGGUUGGCCACCAGUAAACCAUUGGAGGAAGAAACUUCAUGUGGAAGAGGUUGUCGGGAAUAAUAAUAAUAUUGAUCACAUGGUAUGGGUUGAUCAUCGUCAAACUCAUAGUCUCCAAGGAUAUUCAUCGAAUACUCUGUACGUGAAGGUGAAGAUGGAGGGUGUGGGGAUUGCACGGAAGGUUGAUCUCAGUAUGCAUCAAUCAUUUCACACGCUCAAGGAAACCUUGAUGGACAUGUUUGGAAAAUGUCAUCAUCAACAAUCAUACAACUAUGAACUUGCUUAUCUGGACAAAGAAGGUGACUGGCUUCUCGCCCAAGAUGUACCAUGGAGAAGUUUCGUUGGGUGUGCACGACGACUCAAAUUGGUGAAGAGAAUUUUUAUCCAUGGCCAAAAGAUUACUUAUUUCUUCCGACCACUUUGGGACAACCCCCCUGCCCCCUUCACAAGUAUACCUCACUAUUAUGCAGAAAAUGUCUCUAUGGAACACCUUUGCCACCUUCAUGGCUGGUCCCUCCGUUCCGAGCCUCGCCGCAUUUUUGAUGCUGUUAUCUUCAGCAAUGAGUUAGACAUGCUUGAGAUUAGAUGGCAUGAACUUUCUCCCUAUGUAUCAAAGUUUGUUAUCCUCGAGUCCAAUACUACGUUUACAGGCAUUCCAAAACAUCACUUCUUCGCCUUAAACUGGGCAAGAUUUGCCUUUGCCAAACAAAAGAUUGUCCAUGGCAUUCAUCCUGGCAGAGUUGCUGUCCCCGGAUCACACGAGGACCCAUUUGUGCUUGAGUCAAAACAGCGUGGGGCAAUGAAUGCAUUGUUAUGCCGUGCAGGCAUUUCCAAUGGUGAUAUUCUUCUCAUGUCAGAUACAGAUGAGAUCCCAAGUCCUCAUACUUUGAAACUGCUUCAGUGGUGUGAUGGGAUUCCUCCCAUAAUGCAUCUUGAACUGAGGCAUUACAUGUACUCAUUUGAGUUCCCCGUGGACUACAGCAGCUGGCGCGCCACUGCCCACGUCUAUGGUCCCCAAACACAAUACCGGCACUCGCGCCAGACGGAUGUAAUUUUCUCAGAUGCAGGAUGGCACUGCAGCUUUUGCUUUCAGUAUAUUUCAGAGUAUGUGUUCAAGAUGACUGCCUAUAGCCAUGCAGACCGCGUGAAAAGGAAAUAUUUUCUGAGUCAUUCAAGAAUUCAGGACAAAAUCUGCAAGGGAGAUGAUCUUUUUGAUAUGCUCCCAGAAGAAUACUCUUUCCAUGAGUUGAUUAAAAAAAUGGGGUCAAUACCCCGUUCAGCUUCUGCUGUUCAUCUUCCUGCCUACUUGAUAGAGAAUGCAGAUAAAUUUAAGUUCCUUCUUCCUGGAGGCUGCUUAAGACCCCCAGAAUAAGGACCCUUUUUUCAAAGUAUCACAUAACUUAGAUUUGCACUUUAGCUUUAGAUUUUGGUAGGAUACAUGACAUAGCACUAAGUCUCGUAGUUUUAUCAUUGUUCUUGAAUAUGAAGCAGAAGGUAUAAAUUGCAUGUAGAAACAGAACAUAGCACAGUCACUAUACAUUUUGUAGCUGUAGAUCGAAACUCAUCCCGCUCACAUAACUUUUUGUUAAGUGUAGGAGAUAGUGGGAAGAACUAGUAAUGUGGUGGCUUAAUAAACAAAGACCUUCAACUGACAGAAAUGGUGAUAAAAGAAAAUUAAUACUUUUGUGGUUUUUGUGCUUGUUAUGAAAGCGGUUUAUUUUCACGAA